AUGUAUUCCUUCAGGAGGCUGAAUGAGUGCAUCUAUCACAUCGUAAAGCAGAACGCUGAACAGCUGGAUGAAUUCGAUCGACGAAAAGCUCGAAACAAAGCUUUGAUGACACGGAGAACAGAAAAUCGGGCUUUAUUGUUCUCCAUCUUGCAUAAAAGCAAAAUCGAGGACGAGUGGAUGAUAUUAAUGGGGUCCAGUCAGAUACGUGUGGAUGAAUAUAAUAUGGUACGUAGCUCCAGGUAA